UGGGCUCAUGGAAGAGAAUGCAAGGCGGUGGAGGGGAAAUUUGCGCGCGAUGAAAGAGCGAGUGAGGGAUCGCCUCUGCGCAGCGCAAGCACACAGUUCUCUCAGGCAAUCGCAGCAAAGAUCCGGUGUGGUGCGUGGAGCAGCGCUUGGCAGGGCCAGGACGGGGUUCGUAGUCGCCAGGGUAUUCAAGGGAAACGUCGUGUUUGCGCGGGUUGCCAAGAAUCUGCGGCAGCGAGAGCGGGCGUGGAGGAAAAUCUCGAUCGCCGAUCGCAUUCCAAGCUUCCGGAAUCUCAUCGCUGGAGCUUUCGGUGGAGCGAUUCUUGUCGGUGGCUCCUCCGCUCACGCCGAAGCGCAUGAAGCUCCACAGGGGUUCUUGGAAGAGCUGGCCUCCAGAAGAAAAUUCUUCAAAGGCCGGGGCGCUGCAACUAUCGACGAUGAUCUAAAGAAGAAAAUUUCCGAGGACUCUCCAACCGUCCGUGUACUUCGUGCCAUAGCUGUUCCAGUUCUCGCAAAUGUUUGCCAUGUUUUCAUGCAUGGACUUAACCACACUGAGGUCUAUGGCUUGGAGAAGCUUGAGAAAGCACUUCUACAUCGCCCUCAAAGCACGGGUCUACUAACGCUGAGCAAUCACGUUGCCGCAAUGGAUGAUCCUUUGGUCACAGCUUCUUUACUAUCGCCUCAGAUUCUACUUCAUGAAAGGAUGCUAAGAUGGACGUUGUGCGCUACUGACCGAUGUUUCACGUCCGUGCCCAAGUCUAUCUUCUUUACGUCUUUGAAGGUGCUGCCAGUUUCUCGCGGCAAAGGCAUUUACCAGGAGGGCAUGGACCUUGCGCUGGAGAAACUCAACCACGGAGAUUGGGUACACAUUUUCCCCGAAGGCAGUCGAUCUCGAGAUGGUGGGAAAACCUUGGGAAAUGUGAAACGAGGGGUUGGGAGGUGAUCUUGUGCUAGUCAUGGAUGCGAAGGAGACGCCUGUGAUCAUCCCUUUCAUGCACGAAGGCAUGCAAGAAGUUUUGCCGAUUGGUAGCAAGU